GGCGGCGGCGGACCGACGCGGCCUGAGGGAGCGGCCGGCUGCCGCGCGGGGCUCGCCUCGCCCGCGGCGGGGUCCAUGGCCUGAGCGGCCAUGUCCGGCGUGGUGCGGACCCUCAGCCGCUGCCUGCUGCCGGCCGAGGCCGGCGGGGCCCGCGAGCGCAGGGCGGGCAGCGGCGGCGGGGCCCGCGACGCGGAGCGCGAGGCGCGGCGGCGCAGCCGGGACAUCGACGCGGGGCUGGCCCGCGAGCGGCGCGCCGUGCGGCGCCUCGUCAAGAUCCUGCUGCUGGGCGCGGGCGAGAGCGGCAAGUCCACCUUCCUCAAGCAGAUGCGCAUCAUCCACGGCCGCGAGUUCGACCAGAAGGCGCUGCUCGAGUUCCGCGACACCAUCUUCGACAACAUCCUCAAGGUGCGCGCGCCUCCGCGUCCCCGCCCGCGCACCUGCGCCCAGGGCUCACGGGUUCUUGUCGAUGCGCGAGACAAGCUUGGCAUUCCAUGGCAGUAUUCGGAGAAUGAGAAGCACGGCAUGUUCCUCCUGGCCUUCGAGAACAAGGCAGGGCUGCCCGUGGAGCCCGCCACCUUCCAGCUGUACGUCCCGGCGCUCAGCGCUCUCUGGAGGGACUCCGGCAUCAGGGAGGCUUUCAGCCGGAGGAGCGAGUUCCAGCUGGGUGAAUCGGUGAAGUACUUUCUGGAUAACUUGGACCGGAUCGGCCAGCUGAAUUACUUUCCUAGCAAGCAGGACAUUCUGCUGGCACGGAAAGCCACCAAGGGCAUUGUGGAACAUGACUUCGUUAUUAAAAAAAUCCCUUUUAAGAUGGUGGAUGUGGGCGGCCAGCGGUCCCAGCGCCAGAAGUGGUUCCAGUGCUUCGACGGGAUCACCUCGAUCCUGUUCAUGGUGUCCUCCAGCGAGUUCGACCAGGUGCUCAUGGAGGACAGGCGCACCAACCGGCUGGUGGAGUCCAUGAACAUCUUCGAGACCAUAGUCAACAACAAGCUGUUCUUCAACGUCUCCAUCAUCCUCUUCCUCAACAAGAUGGACCUCCUGGUGGAGAAGGUCAAGACCGUGAGCAUCAAGAAGCACUUCCCAGACUUCAAGGGCGACCCGCACAGGCUGGAGGACGUGCAGCGCUUCCUGGUGCAGGGCUUCGACCGCAAGAGACGGAACCGCAGCAAGCCGCUCUUCCACCACUUCACCACUGCCAUCGACACGGAGAACAUCCGCUUCGUGUUCCACGCUGUGAAGGACACCAUCCUGCAGGAGAACCUGAAGGACAUCAUGCUGCAGUGAGAGGACACCCCUCUCCGCCGCCCGCAGCAGCCUCGGCGGCCGCUGUCCCACCUCCCUGGGCCCGCAGGGCGCUUCUCGGACCCGUGCCACCGGCACCGGGCUCAGGAGUGCUGCCGCACUGGCCACGCCAGCCACACGGGCCACGCCGCCGCACUCAGGCCCAGGGACGCGGACACUCGGACGUUAGCUACUGAACCCGGGGCGUAGUCAAACUACUGAGAAUCCAAGGGGUCACUUUGGUAUUAACACGUAAUACCUAGUAACACAGCUUUCUCUCUCUGUAUUCCUUCUUUGACACCGUUUAAUCGAGGACUGUGUGUGCGCGGCAGGUGUGCACACGUGCCCGCACACACACACUCGGUAAUGACAACACAAACAGCUGGCCUUGCAGGUGGCUUUUCCCUCUAAUGUACAAGUCUUCCGUGAGACAGAUGAGCCCGAGUGCUUGGCCUGAUGGUGGUUUGCGGGAGAGCAGGUGUCUCCGUGCCCCUCCCAGAGCACAUGCAUUGCCUUGUAGAACCUGGUGCCGGUUCUGAGAGACCCUGGUCCAGGCACCCGAGAUGCGGCCAGGGGCCCCCAGCUUUAGAGGGUGGGCGUGGGCUUGCCUUAAUGCCCCACGGCCUGUGUGCUGGCGGGGGCCGUGCCUGUUACACGCACCCGCCCAUCCUCCCCCGGCCUCGCAGGGGUCUGUCCUUAUGCCGCCCCUCCAGCACCAGCACUGGGCUGUAUCUGCCUUCUCUCCUUGUGGAAGGUGCUAGAGCACUUCCUCUUCCUCUGAGGCUCCUGAACACUGGCAGGAUUCCUAGCAGACCUCUGUAAGUGCCACAGCUGACCUUUCCAAAAGCCCAGACUCUCCGAGUUUCUGCAGACUGCCGCCACCCCGAUGCCUUCAGACAGCUGGUCCCCACUCUCAGCUGUGCUUGAGGUCUUGAUUCUUACCAAGGUCUCUGUUCUAUCCGUGUACACACGUCACCAGCAAACACCACCGGAUAUAGCUCUCGUCCAGGAGAAGCUGCCCGAGCCCAUGAGUGUGGGCAUGGGCGGACACAUGUCCCCCUGUGUGCACUUGGUCCCUUAGCUCUGUGCAGGUCUCUCCCUGGCUUCAGGACACUGCAUCCCAUGCUGGUCCCGCCAUGCGUCCCUCUCCUAGGAUGGUCUGUCCUCUGUGCUGGGACUGCUUCCACUAACCGGCACUGGCCCAUUACUGUGGCCAAGUAACAGCUGUGAGGCCCCCAUCCCCGGGCGCCCCCAUCCCCGGGCGCCCUCUUCCCCGUCCUGUGUCCCGGUCGGUUGCAUCUCCCUCCUGGCUCCUUUCCAGCAAGCAAGGGAAACGCGAGUCUUGGGGCAGAUGCUGACCCAUCUGGGGUCAGGGAGAGGGAGCACAACCUUCUCCUGAGUCAUCCUUGUUAUCAGUGUUCUUAAUGAGGGAACAACGUGAGAGCCUUUCUCUUUCGGUGCUCAAGGCUUUGUGUCCGUGGAUGUUGGCGUUUUGGUUCCCUUGGCUGGGAAAGAACAGUGCUGUUCCUGUUCUGCUUCAUAGACUGACGGAUGUGACCCAGGCUCCGUGCCGAUGACUGUGGCUUAAAGGAAAAGGAGCACUCUUGGCAGGCUCCCUCAGGGAGGUCUGGGGUCCCUCCAGCCCGGUCCCCAGCGUGGUGCACCCUCCUUGCAAGUCUCUGUCGGGUCCUCACCAGCUGCCGCUGGCCACGCUGCCCCACCAGCCGUGUGCACCAUGCUCCGGCCCCUUGAGCCCACAGUGGACACUCACAAGCAGCAGGGGCUGGGGGCGUGUGCUGAGCUGCAUGGAGAGUGGGGCGGGCGCUGCGCCCUGGGUCCCUGGCGCUUGGGGGGGCAGUCUCUGAAGACCCCAGCUCGAAGUUCUGGGGUUCGUUGGAAUUGGGGAAGGAAACUAUUUGCAAGGCUCGGCUAAAACCAUUCACAGCUUUCCCACACAUAGACUGUAGUUGUUUUUGUCUCCAAAACCUUCGGCUUUUGUAUUUUUUUUUAUUUUAACUUCACUGUUAUCCUUGAUUAUUGUCUUUUUUAUUGAGUUGUUGGAGAAGCAGGAGAUAGUCGUGCCUCAUCUAUUAUUGCAAAAAUGUAACAAUAAACUUCCUCAAAAUAAGA